ACCUCUGUAAUCAAUAUGUCUAAUAGAUAUUCAUGUACUACCAUCUGUCUGGAAAUGCCUAUCUAAUAAAAAUGGAAUGUGUAUUGUGCAUACCUUACCUCAGCAUACCUCACCUCAUCAACCACCUCUCUCCCUGUCCAGGUACCAGUGUUUUAAGUCAGCCUGGAUGUUCCAGGUGCUCCACUCAGGCUUCAGGUUCCCUAAGGACUACCCCAGCCUGAAGACUGCUCAGCUGGUCUAUGACAAGGAGGUGCAGUGGACCCUGGGAGCCAUCCUGUUUAAGACACGCUUCCUGCCUCUCAGGGACCUCCAGGCAGAGUCAUUUAAACAGGGCCACUCCAACUGGCUGCGUUCCUCCUUCGUCUACAACCACUACCUGUUUUUUGCCUGUAUCCUGGUGGUCCUGCUGGCCAUUCUACUGUACAUCCUCCGCCUCCGCAGGAUCCACCAGCGAGAACAGAGGCAGGCAGAGGCCCUGGACCUGCUCUGGGUGGAGGAGGGGGAGGCUCUUCUGGCCUGAUCCAGGAUCAGUUUAGACUCUGAAUCUUUCUUGACCUGAGGCCUUGGGUGUGGGGGGGUUACUGAUCUAGGAUGAGUCGAGAUGCUCUCAGUAACUGGUGUUCAUAGCCUGGUAUGCACAGCUCUAGGAUCAACCUUUCACCCUCUGAGUUGUAAGCUUGACUGGUGCUCUAUUUGUUAAGAGGCACUGAUCUAGGAUCAGAUUAUCAACCCGCAAAUCAUGACCUUGACUGGGACCAACGCCCUGUUGGGACAAUGAUCUAGGACCAGCUUAGUCACGCUGAAUCAUAACGUUGACUAUUGGCUAGAAAUGCAAUAGCAACGUCAUCCUACAACAGGUUUUAAUUAUGGGGGUGCUGGACACUCCCGUUUCUUUAACAGAUAUCAACGUUGACCUGGCCGUGAGCACCCUCGUAAAAUAAAAUAUCAACCAAGGUCCAAAUCACUAUUUAUAGUAACCUCUGACCUAGAGUGUUGAUGUAAACAUAAGUAGGAGGGGCCAUGGAACCGGAACCUUCAAAAGGGGGAGGAGAAUUGCAGGAUGUGGGUGAAACCUCAUGAAGGGAGAACUAGAUCGUUAAAACAACGAAACAGGAGAAUCCCAACAGGUGAACGACUGAGGACCGAGCCAUUCUAUUUCUAUUGGAGAUAAUUCACUGUUGCAGAGGGACAUUUUGUGUGAAGGAAGGUGAAGCUUGACGUUUGAGGCUGAAGUUGCCCUUAACCACAGAUCUAGAAUCAAGUAACCUACUCCUAAUCCUAACCUUAACCAUGAGGGGGAUGCAAAUAAAAUCUGACCCUGUAUCUGUGGUUAGUGGUAACUUCUAGCUACUUUUUGAUGAAAAGGGUGGCUCUAUGAUUGUCUGUUUUGGACAGUAUUGUAACCAUGAUAGUUAGUCUAUCUGACCAGUAUACUUCCUGUAAAUCUCACAAACAGGAAGUGCAUUAAUUCCUUAAUAAUCCCACUGUGGGAAUGCUUUUGUAUUGAAAAGCUACAAUGAGGAAUCAAACAUGGGGUGGCAGGUAGCCUAGUGGUUAGAGCUUUGGGCCAGUAACCAGCAGGUAGCCUAGUGGUUAGAGCUUUGGGCCAGUAACCGAAAGGUUGCUUGAUCGAAUCCCCGAGCUGACAAGGUAAAAAUCUGUCGUUCUGCCCCUGAACAAGCAGUUAACUCACGCCGAAAGACGUGGAUUUAGAUUAUGGCAGCCCCCCAUACCCCUCAGAUUCAGAGGGGUUGGGUUAAAUGUGGAAGACAUUUCAGUUGAAUGCAUUCGGUUGUACAACUGACUAGGUUUCCCCCUUUCCCUUCUCAAACAAUUUAUUACAGCGGUUCAUUGAAUGUCCUUAACGUUUUUAACUCUUUGUUUUGGUGCUGGGAACAGAUUGUUCUGAGCCAGUUAUGUUGAUGACAAGCUAGGAGUGAAACGGGUUGUCAGUGUUUAAUGGAUUGUAGUUGAUGCCUUCUGAUUGCAUUGUGUUGAACUGUGGUACACACGCGCACACACACACACACACACACACACACACACACACACACCUGAACUCCAAGUUGUGUGUUACGAUGGGUCUAUGUCAGACUGUCAAUGUUAGUUACCACCAGCUCCUCACCUGCCCUGUACUGUAAAUAUCCAAUCAGACAUCACUAUCGGUCUGCUCUACUACUCUUGAUAAUGUUGGGAGGUAUUGCUGCUGUUAAAUGAGAUGCAUUGAAUUGCUAAUCAAAGGAGCUAUCUUGUUAUUUUGAGGCUGUAUAAUUUGAGUCGUCACAAUGCAAGUGGAAGUGUAGCGUCAGUGAUUUUAAUGUCAAUUCAUCACACUUCCUUUUGGCUUUGGACUCUUUCUCUGGCUGAAACCUUCAGUGCAGCAUUUGAAUGGGGUCUUAUACCUUCCCUCGGUUUGACCCGUUUGUUUUGUUAAAAUGUACAAGAGGAAGGGGCCUCUAAUUGUUGCAGCUCUAUUUUGACUCUUCCUAAAGAAGGACCAAUGAUCAACUGGACCAAGUUUGUGUUCCAAAUGGCACCCUAUUCCCUAUAUAGUGCACUACGUUAGUGGGGCCCUAUUCCCUAUAUAGUGCACUACUUUAGAGCAGGUCCCAUAGGGCUUGGGUUAAAAGUAUUGCACAAUGUAGUAAAUAGGGUGCCAUUUGGGACAUAAUCCUAACUGUCUUGUCGGUCUCUUAUUGAGGAAAAAUAACUACAUGGAUGUGAGAAACAAACAUCUGUUUUAAAUAAAUCAAUGUUUUAAAACAUGUUGUUUCUCUUUGGGUACUUUCUCUUGGUACAUGUUUAGGGUCGCAUUCAUUAGUGCACAUGGUAGCAAAAAUGUUUUGCAAUGGAAAACCAAGUUCUUAUUGAACAAGUUCAGGUACUCCCGGUUUCAUUCCAUUUCUUCUGUUUGGUGCCUAGUGUAUAUGACUGAGCUGGUUUAGCAGGUCUUGGUAACGUGUGUCAAUGUGCCCUGACAUGAACCGAGUUUGGCAGCUGGCACUUUCCAGGGCAUUCUGGGUGUUUAUAUCAUCCAGGUACGAGAGACGGGUGCAGGUCAAUGUGCCAACGGACCAAGGCUGACUCUCCCCAUUUGACUUUCUUCAGGGAUGGAAUUAUCCACAAUAAAACUCUUGUUUGGCUUUCUGUUUGCUAACAAUGUAGGAAAGGAAACAAGGAAAGGAAACAAGGUGGAAGCUUUGGCCACUGUCCAAACAAAUUCUUCUCUCGGGGAAACAAAAAGAGCACCCUUACCAACCUGUUGUUUUCUUAAAAAUAUACUUUAAUACAACAGCUGCAUAUAAAUAUUAAAAUAUACAUUAUAAUGGUGUACAGUACACUCACACAAAACAAAAAACAAAAAUUAGGCUUCUAUUUGUACGGCACUUUACUUUCUUUUCUUGCUGCUUUUUAAUGUUUAAAAAAGUUAUUCCAUUCUGUAUUUUGCCAAGCGUUUAUUGUACUAUUGUGAUUAUUGUAGGUUAUUGAAAACAGAGAGGGGGGGGGGGUUAGAGGAGUUGUGAAAGGAUAUGGGGGGUGCUGUACAUGACAUGAUGACACUGUGUUCUGGAAUGUAUCCUGUUUGUAGUCCAGAAGAAAUUUUUGCAGUUCCAAAAGAAUUCCUCGUGUCCAUUCCUCUUCUUACUUCGCUCUGUUAGAAAAUCAUUGGUUUGGGUAUCAUUUGUCUUCCUCUGUGUGUCUGACAGUCCUGAUGGGGUUUAGGGUAAAAAAAAGAGUCUCCGAGCUCUCCGUCUCUCCUGUCUCGGGGCGUCACGUCAUCUUUGAAACAGGAGAGGGCCUCCAGUCUCUGGGAGGACAAUGUGGGAGUCUGUAGUGUGUGUGUGAGAGAAAGUCUUCAGUUCAGGACCAGUCACUGAGGGGUCACUGUAGUCCCACCAGGGUCAUCUUACAUCCGAGCCCAUUCAGGCUUUAAACAAAGCACACACAAGCCUUCUUCAGCUCUCUCUCUCACACACACACACACACACACACACACACACACACACACACACAGAUUGAGCUAAGGUGGAAUUCACCUCAGUUUCAUCCAUUUCAGACAGUGAAUGGAGAGAAUCAUGUUCUCCACCUACAGAAGACCAACUAGAACACGAGGUAAUGCUCCAUUCUUCCUGGUAUGAACAUGGAAAAAGUAGCAAGAACACUUUGUAUUGUUGUCAACCUCGUUAUAACAUACUACAGUAUAGGCCUAGACAUUUGGCAGAAAAAUGCAUCCUACAAAUGUGUAAUACAGUGCUCACACUUGUUGAACCGUUUGUCAGUUCAAACUGGAUUCAGCCCUUGUUGUCGAUUUGCUCAAAGGCAUUCUAGAACUGGGUUUCUAAAGGCAGUAUUAUCAGGAAGGAUCCGUCUCUGGGAUCGGCUAGCUCUCCCUGUUGGUAUGUCAGAGCCCACUCGUUUAGUUUCCCUUUAGUGUGAGGCUGUGUUAGACCAGGGAGCUGGGUAAAUGGCUGGUCUGAAAUGGCACCCUAUUCCCUAUAGGGGACUACUUUUGACCAGCGCCCUACAACCUGAGUCCUAUGGGCCCUGGUGAAAAAGUAGUGCACUAUAUCUUGAACAGGGAGUCAGUUCGGAUGCACCCAAUCUGUGACCCCCCCCCCCCCCCCUUAUGCCAGGUGGCAAAUCGGGCUGAAGGUGGAGAUCUGACUUGACUACAUUCCCCUGGCACCCCCCUUCUAUUCAAGGUAAAACAUAAACAGUGUUCUGAGAAGCAGAGUGAGUGGGAGGAAUGCUAGCAGAGUGUAGAGAGAGUCCUUGCCAAGACUUCGCCACCACUCCCGCUCCAUCAAAGUUAACCCAAAACACAACCCAUGAAACGGUACAUGAACAGGAAGCGGGAAAAACACAUCCAGUUAGUGUAGGUCUAAGUGGGAGGGAAAACAACGAAUCCAGUUAAUGUAGGUCUAAGUGGGAGGGAAAACAACAACAGUUUGUGAGUUUGUUAGUUAUUUCUACAGUUGUUGUUGUUGUUGCAGAAAGCAGCAGGAGGGCAGUGCUAGUGCUCCUGCCAGAGAAGAGAUCGUGUGACUGUUCUGGCACGGUGUGUGUGUGUGUGUGUGUGUGUGGAGAAGAGAAGCCUCCCAGAGAGAGAAAUAUAUAACCACAGUACAGUAACACUCACUCUCCACCAUUUUACCAACACAGAGCGAGGCAAUCAACCAAGGCUUGCAUUCCAAUUUCAAUACUAACCAGCUCGAAAGACAUGAUAGAAAUGACUUUAUCAGGACCAGAUUACAACCAGUUCUGGUAAUAAACUAGUUGUAAUUAUUACUUCAACCAGCUUUUGCCCACUGGGUACACAACACUAUCUGCCCACUACAUUGCUCCAUAAUACAUAGUAUGGACAUUUGGAACACAGAGGUUCGAACUUUGAGUCGAAUUUUCACUUAGUCAUGUAUUGAAAUGAAUGGGAAAAUGUCACUUACACGGAAGUUACUAUUCAUCCCUAAAAGAGAUGAUGAUUAUCAUACUAGCCACUGUGAGCUUAAAUCACAACGUGUGUUUGUGAGUUCAUCAUGAUACACAUUAUGAGUAACGUUAAAAAAAACAUUCAGAGACCAUUGUGUUGUUUUGGGCGAUUUGAAAGAGGCCUGUCCCCUAGUAAAAGGUGCCUCAACGUAAUGUCAGACCUGACUGUCCAUUUGGUCGUCCUCUCCAGUGUCUCUUCUGUUAAUCCAGCCACCAUCUGUCUUUGGCAUCGUGUUCCCUCAUAGUGCUCCGGGCUGCAUUCAGGACUACCAAAGUUACACAGAAACGUUCCAGAUUGAAGCCCGAUAGGAGUUUUUCCCGUUUUUGUACUGUGUAAUAACCAUCCUGUGUCCUCUUGCUCUGUUUUAAACUUUAAAAAAUGCUGCAUUCCUUCAUUCCUCUCCUCCUUGAAAAUCAUAUUGUUGAUAAUGUCAAGGAAGAGAAGGAUGUUUUUAAAAAGUAUUGAAACAGGACAUUGGUGUUUCUAUGCAUCUUCACACCUCAGUUUGAGGACCAUCACCACAGCAGCAGCCGGUGCACCUGAGUGCCAAAUAGUUGAAGGUAAAUGACCCUUUAGCCCGCUGGUGGGGCGUUCUAAAGGAUGGAAUUUCCAUAGGUGAGAAUGGAACAUUUGGCUCUGGAACGCAGCCCGGGUUUCUCAAGCUUGGUUCUCUUUGAAAAAACAGAACAGUAUUGCUUAACAUCGCCAUGGUGAUCUGUCACUCCCACCUCUGAAAUUGUCCUGCCGUGAAUGUAUUUAUUUCCAACAAUUACAUCGUUGGGGGGAAACCCACAGACAUCAAUUCAAUGUUUAUUCCACGUUGGGUCAACAUAAAUUCAUUGAAAUGAAGUGGAAACAACGUUGAUUCAACCAAUCUGUGCCCAGUAGGUAUGUUCAUUGCUAGGUUGUUUUGUUCAGGCAUACUGUACUGUAGGUUAUGUGACUCAGAUCUAGUAGGCACUUCAAACAUAACAUUUAGCCUUUCAACGUUAAAGGCCCAGUGCAGACAAAAUUUAGAUUUCCUGUGUUUUAUAUAUAUAUUUCCACUGAACGGCAAGAGAUACCGGAGCGCCAAGUCUAGGUCCAAAAGGCUCCUUAACAAGCCAUAAGACUGCUGAACAAAGUAUUUCACAGUAAGGUCUACACCUGUUGUAUUCGGCGCAUGUGACAAAUAACACUUGAUUUGGUUAAUAUGUUGAAAUUGUGAAAAUUAUGAUAAUGCACUUUUAUUGUAAGUGCUUUGAAAAGACAGGCUGAAAUUUCAGGCGGUUUUGGUGAGAUGGAGUAUUGGCCAGCCUGGUGACAUCGGAAAAUUACUUAAUAGACCAAUGAGAAAGAGUUCCAAACCUCUCUGCCAAUAACAGCUAGUUUUCAGUUUCCCCUCCACACUCAGACCACUCCCAAACAGUCUGUCAAAAUUCUUGCUUGAGAAAUUGCUCUUUGCUAAGAAGCUAUUUUUGUUUGUUUUGUUUCAUUUUGACCAUUUUAACUGGAAACAAUCACAGUCAGGUACUUAAUUUUCACCCAGAAAUGAUUUGAUAUUAAGAUAAAAUGGCUGCAUUGGACCUUUAACACAACAUUGCUCUUUCAAGGUUAACACAACAUUGCUCUUUCAAGGUUACCACAACAUUGCUCUUUCAAGGUUAACACAACAUUGCCCUUUCUAGGUUAACACAACAUUGCCCAUUCUAGGUUACCACAACAUUGCCCUUUCUAGGUUACCACAACAUUGCCCUUUCUAGGUUACCACAACAUUGCUCUUUCAAGGUUACCACAACAUUGCCCUUUUAACAUUAGCAGAAUGUUCUGCCACGUUGUUGCUCAGGUGAGAAGUUACAUUUCACCAAAGCACUGUAUAUUAUAGCAUACUGAACCAGAAACCAUAUUCACCAUUUACAGACCCAGACAACAACAGUCUCUGUUGCUGAAAACCAUGACCAAAUACAACAAAUAGGCUGUCAAUCAAUAAACAUGAUUAAAAAAAGGUGCAGAUACAUGACUCUUUAGAAGGUGUUUGGUUGUACCCACCGCAGUGCAAAUAGGUUUUGUGACUGGCGUGACCAACGACACUCUCUGGCCUUAAAAACACAAUGUUCUCUGGUCUGCAUCACGUCGGACUUCUGCUACAACACCACCUUUGGCUUGGCCAACAAAGGCAGCACCAUAGAGUUAGAAAGAGGGCUGUAAAAAAAAAA